AUGAUGAUGGAAGACGAAGAUGAUGAUUUUUAUGACCCCGCCGAUGCGGUGCCUGUAACUCAGCAUCAAAACGGGUCUCAGCAUCCCCAGGCAGAUUCAGGACCCCACGACGCCAAUGAUGCGGAAGAGGAGGAGAUAGAGGUGGAAGAAGAUGAGGAUGACUUCAAUAUUAUUACCGAAGCACCAGCAGACGCACCCCCUCCGGAAGUCCCACAUCCUCGUCACGCCAGCCUCCGCGCGGAGUCUCAAAGACCCUCCUCUGCAGAUGUCUCUACGAUAUCAAAAUCAAUAACACCCACCGUUACCCCCAAACUUGAAUCUGCUACCCCUGUGCCUGCUACUGCAAGGCCUACGGUCCCUCAGAAGCCCGGUUCCGCCUACCCUCCAGUCCAUGCGUCGAAUAUCGAUGUCCACGCGAACCCUAUCCAUCCGGCGACCGGUAAACCAAUCAUGUCAACAGACAUGGACACCGACUUCCCAGAGGAUGACAAGCCUUGGAGGCGGCCAGGCUCCGACAUUACGGAUUAUUUCAACUACGGGUUUGACGAGUUCACGUGGGCCAGCUAUGUGUUGAAGCAACAGGAGCUACGCAAGGAAAUUGGAGAUCAGAAGAAACAAUUGGAUGAUAUGCAAGCCUUCUUAAGCAUGGGGCUCCCGCCAAUGCCCGGAGGUCCUCCGGGACCAGGAGGACCUCCAGGAAGCGCACCGCCUCCUAUGCCCGGCAUGCCUGGGAUGCCGGAUAUGUCACAAGAGAUGAUGCAAGGCAUGCUGACGAGCAUGAUGUCACAAGGCCUGGACCCCUCAUCCAUGGAUCCUAUGGCAUUUAUGCAGCAUGCGCAGGCCAUGAUGGGUGGACAACCCGGCGCAGGCGGCGGACAACAAGGUCAACCCGGAUUUGGUGGGCAAGGUGGUGGCCAGCCUCAGAUGGGAUACGGGGGCGGCUUUGGUCGGGGUCGCGGGAGAAGGUGGUAA